CCAAACUGCACGUGUUGAGUUCUGCUGCUCGCUUCCGCUGUGUUUCUUGCCCGUCCGUGCUGAAGAGGCCCGGCAGGAUUUGCGGCCGGUAGAGCUGCUGCUGACGAGGUUGUGUAAGGGGCAGCGCUGUGUCUCUAAAAAGGUGGCGAAGCGGAGUUGCGUGGUCUGUACGAAACGGGCAGCUGCUGAGGGAAGUUCUGUGGGGAGUGACUAGAAGUUCACGGGGAAACUACUUUCCUGUAACAGCGUUUAACAUCUCGGAGCUUCAGCAGGCCUGCGUCAGACCUCUCGUGAAUUUAAAUACUGUUACUAGUAUUUUGGAGAUAGCAGCUGAGUUUCGUACCACAGCCUUUAACCCAGCAGAAGACAGACUGACCUGAGUUCUCACGUUGUCCAAGGAGCAUAAAUAGGCAGUAAGAAGAGUGCAACUGACCACAGAGCACAGGAUGGGUAUCUGUUUUCUUCUGUUAAUUGUAGGGGUUUGCUGGGCACAGUACGACCCCAAUACUGAGGCUGGGAGGACGUCUAUUGUACAUCUCUUUGAAUGGCGCUGGGUGGAUAUUGCUCUUGAGUGUGAACGCUAUUUAGCUCCUAAUGGAUUUGGAGGAGUUCAGGUGUAUAAACUGCUAGUGGAGAGACCACAGCCUCAUACUGAAGGCAUCAUGCAAGUCCUUCUCCUGCUCGCAGCUGUAGGGUUUUGCUGGGCACAGUACGACCCCAAUACUGAGGCUGGGAGGACGUCUAUUGUACAUCUCUUUGAAUGGCGCUGGGUGGAUAUUGCUCUUGAGUGCGAACGCUAUUUAGCGCCUAAUGGAUUUGGAGGCGUUCAGGUUUCACCUCCAAAUGAAAAUAUUGUCAUUACUAACCCGAACAGACCCUGGUGGGAGAGGUACCAGCCCGUCAGCUACAAGCUCUGUACUCGAUCAGGAAAUGAAAAUGAAUUCAGAGACAUGGUGACCAGAUGCAACAAUGUUGGAGUUCAUAUUUAUGUGGAUGCUGUUGUCAACCACAUGUGUGGGGCUGCGGGUGGCUCAGGCACGCAUUCUACUUGUGGAAGCUAUUUUGAUGCUGGGAACAGAGAUUUUCCAGCUGUGCCAUACUCUGGCUGGGAUUUCAAUGACGGCAAAUGUCAAACUGGAAGUGGAGACAUUGAAAAUUAUGGCGAUAUGUAUCAGGUCCGGGACUGUCGCUUGGUUAGCCUUCUUGAUCUGGCCCUAGAGAAGGACUACGUACGCUCAAAAGUUGCCGAGUACAUGAACUACCUCAUUGAUAUCGGCGUAGCAGGCUUCCGAAUUGAUGCUGCCAAGCAUAUGUGGCCUGGGGAUGUGAAGGCAAUUUUAGACAAGCUGAAAGAUCUAAAUACAAAAUGGUUUUCUGCAGGAGCAAAACCUUUCAUUUACCAGGAGGUAAUUGACUUGGGUGGAGAGCCGAUCAAAGGCAGUGACUACUUUGGAAACGGCCGAGUGACAGAGUUCAAAUACGGUGCAAAACUGGGGACAGUGAUCCGCAAGUGGAAUGGAGAGAAGAUGGCCUACUUAAAGAACUGGGGAGAAGGCUGGGGCUUCGUGCCUUCCGACAGAGCCCUGGUCUUUGUGGAUAAUCACGACAACCAGCGGGGGCAUGGGGCUGGUGGAGCUUCCAUUCUAACCUUCUGGGACUCCAGGCUUUAUAAAAUGGCCGUUGGUUUCAUGCUUGCUCACCCAUAUGGGUUCACACGUGUGAUGUCAAGUUUUCGCUGGCCAAGAUCUUUUGUGAAUGGACGGGACGUCAAUGACUGGGUUGGACCACCGAGUAACUCGGAUGGAUCAACAAAGCCUGUUGCAAUCAAUGCAGACACUACCUGUGGCAACGACUGGGUUUGUGAACAUCGCUGGCGUCAAAUAAAGAACAUGGUUAUCUUCCGUAACGUGGUGGACGGUCAGCCUUUCUCCAACUGGUGGGACAACGGCAGCAAUCAAGUAGCUUUUGGCCGUGGUAGUAAAGGCUUCAUCGUUUUUAAUAAUGACGACUGGAAUAUGAAUGUCAAUGUGCAAACUGGACUGCCUGCUGGUACCUACUGUGAUGUUAUUUCUGGACAAAAGGAGGACGACAGAUGCACUGGAAAAGAGGUGCAUGUUUCUGGUGAUGGAAUGGCUAAUUUCCAGAUUAGUAACCAUGCUGAAGAUCCAUUCGUUGCAAUUCAUGUUAAUGCCAAGUUGUAACACAGGAGAAAUGUCCUUCUCCGUUUGGUCUGUGCAUUACUGUUUCCCCUAUAUGUGAUUCCCUGGUAUUCGGGCGUGAGUGACUCUGUAUCAUCUAGUGAAUAAUAAAUGGCAAUCAAAUUGAA